CGGGGAAGAGACUCGGCAAACACACAGUAUCUACCCAAUUCCCCAGAAAUUCCUCCUUGUCAAAGGAGCUGACACUCUCCUUCCUGCACAAUUUCAGACUGUAGCCUUCCGUUUUUCGUGACCAAACAAAGGAAAAGAUAUAUAGGAUGGGUACCCGAAGACCCAUGAGCCGUACAUCAUCUACAAAUGGGAGGUACUAUGACUCCCUAGGAAGCAGCAACGGCAGUGCCAGUGAAAGUGAAGAUAGUAAUGGGUCUGCAUACAGUCCCCGACCAGAUAGUAGAAAUUAUCUGCUGAAUGUGAGACCUGAGAACAGUCGCUCCAGCUUCAGUCGGUAUUCAAGCUAUACACCAGGAAGGACCACAUUUUGCAGCAUCAUCUCUCAGCUGACUGAGGAGACACAGCCGUGUUUUGAAACCACUCUGAAACCCAAAGCAGUGUCAGAGGGAUGCGAUGCUAAAUUUAUCUGCAUGGUGUCAGGAUAUCCAGAGCCUGAGGUUACCUGGUAUAAAGAUGAUGAGGAGAUGGACAGAUACUGUGGUUUGCCGAAGUAUGAGAUUUUCCGAAACGGAAAUCAGCACACCUUACAGAUUUACAAUUGUCUGGAAGAAGAUGCUGCCAUAUACCAAGCUUCAGCAAGAAACAACAAAGGAAUUGUGUCUUGUUCUGGUGUGCUGGAAGUUGGUACAAUGACUGAAUUUGAAAUACACCAAAGGUGGUUCGCCAAACUCAAAAGGAAAGCUGAAGCAAAGAUGCGUGAGAUUGAGCAGAGCAGGAGGCGGGUGAAAGAGAAUUUAGAGGAAGGAGAAAAAAUAAGGGCAUUAAGCCCAGAAAGAAUUCAGAGAAAGAGAAGAUUCUCAAAAGAAAAUAAGCAAGAAGCUGCUGCUGCUGAAUCAGAAAAAGAAGACUUAAUAAAGGUCCAUAUUCCAGACCCAAACUCACGACUGCAAGAGGACAUAUCCAGUACAGUGCAGCAACCACAGAAUGGGGUUAACGGGUUCACAGAACUGGAUAAAUCUCAAGAAGAAUCAGUAGUCACAAAUGGUUACACACUUCCUGAGAAUGUAGAGGAUAGUGGUAAAGAAUUCCUGGCCUAUGUCUAUGAAACAGUGGCAGUAAUAACAAAAAAGCCAACUGCAAAAGAGUCAUAUGCAAAAAAGAAAAAAAAAGAGGAUGAUCCUCCUGUUUCUAAAGCAGAAACCAAGAGAGAGGAGGCUGCACCUGUUAGCAUUCAAAAGAAAGCAGAGGGCAUAAGUCCAGCUCCUAGGAGAUCUCGCAUUAACAAGGAUCAUACUAUGUCAGCAGAUGAAAAAAUGGAAAUUCAGCCAACUCAGCCAGUAGUUACAGCAAACCGAAGGUUUGCCAUUAACACUGCACUUCCGAAAGUAGGGAAGACAAUAUCAAAAGAUACAAAGAAACCAAAAGAAUCAGUGGCACCACCAAUCAAGGUAGCAGAUGCCACCAGCUCAAGGAAAGAUCCCCUGCCACCAAAGACAGAUGGUAUCUUUUCUUUGAAGGAUAUGUAUUUUGGGGAGUCAUUGCAAGUUACACAAGAGGAAAAAGAUGUCAGGCCAUCUAAUGUAGUCCAGAAGUCAAAUGCUGAAAUAAAAGUCUCUAGCGUUAAACAAGAUAGAGGUAUUCCAACAAAGUUUGGAAUACAGACACAAGUUAGUGAGCCACCAAAAGCAGCUCCAAGACGCUCCAGAGAACAAAGAGAACUGCUUUCAGGUACUACACCCCAAAAAGCAAGCACACAAUAUGAUGCUUCAGUUGGUAGCACCUUAGAUAAUCAAGGGAGUCAGGAGGCAAAACCUGUUUGUGAAGUUCUACAGCAACCCAUUGUAGAAAGCAAACCAGAGCCUUCUUCCCCCAUUAAAUCACAUUCUAUAUCUGACAUUCCUGAGCAAAAGCAGUUGGAACAAGUUCCAUCUCUGAGGCUGCCUGAGAGAGAAAUCCAAGAACCAGAUGUCUUAAAUAAGAGCAGAAUAGCCUCAGAAGACCUUCCUGAAGAAAAGUCCCAGACAGAAACAACUGAAAAACUGAAGAUCUUAGAGAUGGAGUAUAUGUCUUUGCAGAAAGCUUAUGCCCUGCUGCAACAGCAACUUGAGCUAAAUCAGAAGACUGAAGAACAGAUGAAGACAAAGGAAGUCACAGAAUCGCAGGAAAACAUUGGACAAAAGCAAAUCCUCAUCUCUGAACAGAAUCAAAUGGAAAUGCAAAAAAUCAGAGAUGAGAGCAAUGUGGCUGAAUCUUUAAAUUCACCAGUAUUCAUGGAGACAGAUGAAGCCAUAAAAGCAGAAAUGGAUGCUACUCCUCAAAAGGAAGGAGUAGAUCAUGAAAGUAAUCAAGAUUUAGUUUCCUCCUUAUUAUCCGAACAUUCUACAGAAUUCUUAAUGGAAUGCAGUUCAGAGAAAGGUUUAGAUAAUAAGGAUGUUUGCUUGACUGAACCUGAAUCAAAAGUGGUAAAAGAGAAUAAUUUUUUUCCACUCAAGUUAUUGCAGGAGGAAAAAACGAACAUUGAAGGUGAUGAUGAUAAUUUUUAUAAACCCAGUGCCAAUUCACAUGAAGAUGGUGAAGAGAACCCAAGAUUGUCAGACUCUAAAGUGGAAACGAUGGAGGGUAUAAAGGAAACAAAACAAGUAGAUGAAAAAAACGAAACCAAAUUAGAAGAAAUACUAGCAUCUGAUAAACAAAACUCAAAUACUCUCUCUAUCACACCCACCUUCGAAAAUACUAAUCAAUUAAUAUUAUUAGAUGUGGAUUUGACAAAAAUGGAAACAAGCAUUCCACCCUCCAUUACAGCCCAACCUUGUAUAGAAAGCAUAGAUGAUGUUAAGGAACUAAGUAUUUCUGAAGAUAUUGUAGAAACAAAUAUUCCAGGUGCCACGUCAGUGGCAAAUUUAUUGGCUGGGGACACUAACCAAUCUGUGGUUACACUUUUAAGAGAUGUAAAGGCCGCUUUGGAAUCAGGGAUUGUUAAAGAUGUAGAAUGUCCUUCAGAAUCCAGUUCUAGUUCAGGGCUUUCUCCACUUGUAAUAUCUUCUCCAGAAGAGUAUUUUAUAGAACCUAUGCUGCCUUUAUCAAGUGAAGAAGAGAAAAAUAUUAUUCAUCACCCUGUGGUACCUGAGCUUGAAACCAUACCCGUAAACAUCCAAGCAAUCACUUCUGAGAUUGAAGAAUCUGCCAAAGACAUUGAGGUUCCAAUAUCUCCAGAGCAUCAAACAAAUGAAGAGGCUCAAAGUGAAAUGAUAUUAAAAGAACAGAGUAAGCAAGAUCACAGUUUAGUAACUACUUUGAAGAACUCUUUGUUAAAGUUGUUUCAUAUAAAACCUGCAGAUGAUGUAGAUCAUAAUUCAGAGGUCAAAGAAAGAAACAAAGUUGGUGAAAUUCAAGUUGGAACUCCUGAAGAAAUGUCUUUUAUAGAGGGAAAUGUAAGUCCCAUGAAUUCUAGUAAAACACUGACAUCAGAUGAAUAUCACUUUCAAAAGAUUGCAGAGAUUUCCACAACAGGAAAAGUAUCUCCAACUUUGGAAGUGGACAUCCCUCAAAAUGCAGACUCUUUGAAAACAAUUCCUACCACAUGCAGAAAAGCAAGCGAAUCCUCUAAAAAAGGCAUAACACAGGAGGUACAUAGUGCCCCACUGACCCCAGCAAUCUCCAGGAGUUCAAGGGGUUUAGAUGAAGAGUUUGUGUUGAACAAAGACGAUCUUAGCUUUAGUCCUGCCACUGCACGAAAGAUUGCAGGGAAAAUAUGCGCUGAUGCAGAAUUUCCUUCUGUUUUAUCUGUGCCUUCUAUAGUUGUUGGCAGCCUUCCUGCUGAAAAGACCCUUGGAAAUUUGUUCUCUGAUUUUGAGAAAGAUAAUUGUCGCAAAUGGAGGUCUACUGAAAACGUAAGUUUUAUUCCUUCAGCAACACCACAGGAGCUGGCCUCUGGGGCACGUCGCAAAAUAUACAUUGCUAAGCCAAAGCAAUUAGAAGAAACAGGCAGUACCGGUUCACUUACACCUCCUUCUAAACGAGAAAGCCCUAGUGUUUCUCCUGGCCAGACUAGAAGGAAUACUUCUUUGCUGUCCUCUCAGCCUCAGCAAGCUGAAAAGCGUUCACCAGUUAUGGCUAGAAGGAUGACAAAGUUGGAAGUGCCAAAGAUAAAUGAAGAAUGUGCUGAGAAAGAGGGGAGCUCAGAAGACCAUUCUGUGCAAACUAAAGAUUCAGAUAUCUUGCCAAAAGAUGAUAUACAGCCAGUUGAACCUAAAAAGUCCAAUGAUCCUCAUAAAGCUCCACAAGUGAUAAGGAAGAUAAGAGCCGAGCAAUUUUCUGAUGCAUCUGGAAAUCUUAAACUUUGGUGUCAAUUUUUCAACAUUUUAAGCGACUCUAUUAUAACAUGGUAUAAAGAUGAAGUUCAAGUUGCUAAAGUAAACCGAAGUUGCGGUGAUGAAGGCCAGGUGGCACUUGCCAUUGUUCAGGCAUCAACGAAAGACUGUGGUGUUUAUCAGUGCACAAUUGAUAAUGAUUAUGGUACAGAUUCAACAGACUGCCUUCUAAGUGCAGAGAUUUUGUCCGCAUUCAUCAGCAAAGAAGAAGCUGAAGUUGGGGAAGAAAUAGAGAUGACACCAAUGGUUUUUGCAAAAGGAUUAGGUGACUCAAGUUACUGGGGGGACAAAUUUUUUGGAAGGAUUAUGAUGGAAAAUGCGCAUGUUGGAGAGGGAUUUCUGAGGAAGUCAUGCCGAGCCAAGGCUAUAUACGGGCUGGAACCAAUAUUUGACUCUGGAAAAACAUGUAUAAUCAAAAUAAAAAAUCUUAUCCCAUUUGGAACGAAGAAUGAAAGUACCUUGGUUGAGAAGAAUUACGAGAUCACAAUUCAGGAGUGUAAAAUUCAGAACACUACCAGAGAAUACUGCAAGAUAUUUGCUGCUGAGUGCCGAGCAGUCUCCAGCUUUGGACAGGUCCCAGAAAUUGUACCUCUGAACGUAAUUUAUCGACCUGCCAACAAUAUACCCUAUGCUACAAUUGAAGAGGACUUAGAAGGCCGUUUUCAAAAGUACUGUAUCAGAGAUCAAGGUGGAAAACUACACAUUAAGAAUUCAUCAGAGACUGAACAGAAAUGUUGCACUUUUCAGCACUGGGUCUACCAGUGGACCAAUGGAAAUAUGCUGGUCACAACUUUAGAAGGAGUUGGAUGGAAAUUAACUAAUAUUGGAAUUGCCACAAAAUCCAAGGGAUACCAAGGCCUAAAGGAGAGCUGCUUCCCCUCUGUGCUUGAUGAAUUUCCCUUGGUUCACCAAUGUAAUCGUUACUGUGAAAUGCUUGGGCUAAAAUCUCUAAAAGCCAGUGAAGGCCUUCAGCCUCCAGCCAAACCAAAGGCCUCAAGGAGUCCUAUCAUGAGUAGAAAAACCUCCUCAGGUCAAUCCAGUCCACAGAUACAAAAAAAGGGGUUGGCAAGCCCACAGACUGCCAGAAAAGUGGGUGUCAGCCCUAAGAUUACACGAAAAGCCACUGAUACAGGAGAUGCCAAAACCAAAGGAAACCAUGCCAUGACGCCUGCAAAAUCCCAAUAACACCUCAAAACAGAGGCAUAUUAAUAUGUCAUCAGUGCAGACUUAUUGGAUUUUCAACAUUUUAUCUACUAAACAAACUCAGUUUGCCAGUCGUCCUUAUCCUAGAUACUGUUCAUUGAUGUGGUGAAGUAUGUUGGCUGUUGACAGCCUUGUGUGCUGAGUUGCAUUUGGUUUGGACAAAGAUCACAGAACUUGCACUUACUCAGUGAUCCCAUAAGGUACUGUACGUGAGAGCUUUGGGAUAUUCUAAGUAUUUUUUUUGCGCUGGAUAAGCUGCAAAUGGAAGGAAACAUAUACAGAAAACAUCAAAAUGAUCAUUUAGGGCAAAAAGCAAAACUGCACUGCUUUCCAGAGAUAACAGGAUAAAUGUACAUUAAUCAGUAGUACAAUUUGUAACAGUAUAAGAACACGCGGCUCAUGUUUUCUGUUCAAUUCAUAUUUCAUCAUUUAAAUCAACAUAUGAUAUUGAUUCUCUUUUGAGUGCAUAAAUUGCAGAAACCCAAAAGUAACUGGGCAACCUAUGUUUGGAAAUGAAAAACAACCGGUUUCUGUUGAUUGAUUAUGUAUUAAUGAACUGUAGUAUCGCUGCACAGAUCACCUAUUGUGUUUUUCCAAUGAAUAUGUUCCAGUAAAUCAUUGGGUGCUUCAGACAUAUGCUCUCUAUGUAGCCUUUGCAGCAACGUUGCUGACAUUGGGCGUUAUAUUGACAGCUUUGUUUUUAGAGACAAAAACAGAAAAAAAGCACAAAC